AUGUCGCAAGCAUCGUCGCCGCCGCUGUCUCCACGUCAGCUUCCCGAAGACGCUGCUUCCGAUGCGCUCGAAGUCGAAUCACAGCUUGAUGAAAUCAUGACCGUUCUGUCGGCCGACGAUGUCGAGAUUAUGGAACACCCGCCGUCCGUGCAACCCAUGCCAGUCAAACGCGGCCGCUCAAUCAGCACGAUGUGGACCUUGUUCACCGAUGAUCCCGCUCCGCAUAAAGCCAAGAGCGCCAGAUGCAAGCACUGCAAGACACUGAUCAAUCACCACAAGAAGUGCGAGGCCGCCAAGACGCACCUGAACUAUUACUCGAAUUUUGCACGCUCAUGA